ACUGAGGAGCAUCUGGGAGGGGGGAGUGGGAAGCCCCGUUUUCACGCUCGCGUUGGUUGUCUCCUCCAGUUCGAGGCGGAGUAUCGCCGCUUCGCCCUGAAGAGGAAUGGCCCCGGCGGCUUCCAGGAGUUCUACUGCCUCCUCCAGACCAUCCACCGCAUCCCCGGCGCUGACGUGCUGCUGGGAUACGCCGACGUCCACGGGGACCUCCUCCCCAUCAACAACGACGACAAUUACCACAAGGCCGUGUCGGCGGCCAACCCACUGCUCCGCAUCAUCAUCACCAAGAAAGAGGGCGAACCUGUCAUUUUUGCCACCAACUCCCUCCAGAGGCGUAAAAAGGGGCUUGGCUUAACCGGACUGCGCACCAGCGGCUCAGGCUCCACCCACUCAAAGAGCAGACCGGGGCUCAUGAUUGGCCUGCCGCAGAACUUCCGGCAGAUCUCAUCCAUCAUUGACGUGGACAUCUUACCCGAGACACACCGACGCGUGCGACUCCACAAGCACGGCACCCACAAGCCACUGGGCUUCUACAUCCGUGACGGCGUGAGCGUGCGCGUGACACCACAGGGCGUGGAGAAGGUCCCUGGGGUGUUCAUAUCUCGUCUGGUACGCGGUGGGCUAGCAGAAAGCACAGGGCUGCUGGGAGUUAAUGACGAGAUCCUCGAGGUCAACGGCAUCGAUGUAGCAGGAAAAUCGUUGGAUCAGGUUACAGACAUGAUGGUGGCAAACAGUCACAAUCUCAUUGUGACUGUCAAGCCGGCUAACCAGAGGAACAACGUGGUGCAUCGCGGGAGCAAAACCUCAAUGGGCAACUCUGGUUCCGUGGGCUCAGCUGGAUCCAACAACUCCGCCCUGUCACAUGACUCACCAAGCCCCGCCUCCCAGAGCAACCCCAUCACUGCGAGCAACAGCAUUGCCGAGGGCGACAGCGAUGACGACGACGACGACGGCGACCUCAUUCUUGAGAACGACUGCCUGACGCCCUACGACUCCCACCUGGUAACCAACAGCAACAACACUAACCUCAACAGAGACUCGGCCGGCGGCAGGCCGCACAGCCCGGCCGCGGCUCGGCCCCUCCCACAGAGCGUCUCGUUGCCCAAUAGCGUCGGAGCGUCCCUGAGUGACAGCUCGACGGCGCUGUCCAAUCACAACGGAAACCCCGCCCACACGUCUAGCAGCAGUCAAGAGAGCAUGAGAGAAGACGGCAACAUAAUCACACUGUAGCCGUGGCGACAUUGACAGCGACCCUGUGACAGUUGGGACUCUGAGAUGUUACACCCGCGCGGUGCGGUUACCAGGACAACGACAGAUGGCUGUGCUCCUGCAACGCAGAGAUACGGGACAGAAGGUUCUGCUAGCUUCUUAGCGCUAGCUAGCCUUGGCGGAUCAUGUGUUUUCACAAUCUCCCGGCAUAACCACACUUUUUAUAGGUCUGCCUCAUGCGGCUGAGGUAAUGUACAAAGCUGAUUUAUCAGCUUCAAAACAAUAAUUUAUAGUCAACGGAAGGAAAUGAUUAAAUGCCAUAAUGUAUUAGCCAAUCCGUGGAGACCUUUAGAGAGCAGAGAGCUCCUGUCAAAGCCAUAAGUCAGUUUGAUGUCAACACGUUGGAGAAAAAUCACCUCUUCUCCAGCAGCACCAAUCAGAAACAUCACUAUUAGCUGGAGGACUGACGACUUGUUCACCACAACAAGACGGUGACAGAACGGUACAGAGUUAAAUGGGCAGGGCUCUAUUUUCUUGGCAGCACAACGACCAGUGCAAACAGCGCUCCAACGGUUUGGUAGUUUCCGGACUUUGCCCACGUCUGUUUGCCAUUAUGGGGAUUUUAAUGGACACAAGCAAAGUUAAUACUUGCAGGAUUUAUAAUUUUUUUUAAAUAUGUGCAUUGCAAAAUGAAAUCUGUCUGCAUUUAUCUAGAAAGGGAUGUGAGUGGUUCUUCACGGCUGCUUUAUACUGUAUGAAAAGGUGCCGACACCUGAAGGCAUCAGGACACACACACAUGGAUUAUUCAGAUUUGAAUAGGGCCAAUCAGAAGGCAGCUGUUUCAGAGCUGCGAGAGCAAUGAUGUGAUUGGCUGAGAGUGUAUUUAUUUAUCUCCCACACCUUCUAAUCUAUAUUCCACUUCAGCCGACCCGUUUGCACCAAAAUAGCAGGUCACAAAGCUUUGCACUGGUUGUCGCACUUGCAACGUUAAAGUAUUGCCCUAAAUGUUUUAGAAAUAAUAACAUACCAAAAUAUAUUCAAGACAGAGUAAAAUGACCCAAAAGGGAUUUCGGCAAUACUUUUUUCAAAUUUCUUGUUUUUAAAUUUAGAUUUUUUUUUUUCUUUUCUCUAAAUCAGCUGUCGAAUAAUAAUCAUGAUCUCAUUGGUUUGAUUUUUAAAUGUGUAUAAAUAAAGAGAAACUAUGGGUUAAAACGGUCACUUCUAUGGUAUUGUCAGGCUAAGAUAUAGCUGUUACCUUCUGGCAUUGCAAAUAUAGAAACACUGUGAAUCACAUAUAUCAUAAUUUCACCAACAUUUAUUUUGAAAAUAGGAUUGGGAGGAAAUGGAAAAUGGGUGAUGUGCGAUUAUAUUUCAUGAUUUUCACACUAAAUUUGAGAAUUAAAGGGCAGCAAACUCACUCAUGCGUUAUGCACACAAACACACUAAUAAGCAUCAUGGAGCAGGGGUCAAAAUAAGGAAACUCCUGUCACUGCUAUCUGGACCAUAUAAACCAGUGUUUGUGUGUGUGUGUGUGUGUGAGGCCGGGUCGUUCUGGGCGUAUCGCCUUACGAGGUGUUGGCGGUCUUGCUCUGCACUGCACUCUUUCUUUACUUUCCUCCUCCGUCUCGCGUUCUCCUUCCAAUUACACCAAAACAUUUUUCGGUCAAACCGAAUCAAUGUCACGUUUUUUUUUUACAAGAUAAUAUCGGCUUUAUGAAGCGCAACAGAAGAUGGACAGAUAAUUAUGAAUCCAAGUAGUUUAUUAUUUGUCAGAAAUAAAAAUCACAACACCCUAAAAGAAAUAUGAUGGCGCUCUAUGGUGUGCUUGUGUUUCGCGUCGUCUGCCAGUUGGACUAAUCCUGCUCUGAACAGUCCUUGUGCCCUGGGGGAGGAAACCCUGUUUCCACUCAACAUUCUGGAGUCUCGCGUUAGAAAACGGAAACAUUUAAAGCGUCCUCAAUUGUGUGAAUGAUGUUUCUUUACCCUCACUUGAGCUGGUUUUACCUUUUUGGAAAAGGUAAAUGGGUUACGGAAACACUUUUGCCAAAUAAAUUCUGACGUUGCAAACAUUUCACUCAAUAAAUUCAAUUUUUCUCUCGUAGCUGGUUAGACGGCCCUGCUGAUUUGUUUUGAUUGCCGUUCCCAACCUUUACUUUCUUUUCUGUUAACUGGCGGAUUACAGACAUACGUAACCAACAUUUGCACAACAAUUAAAUGGAAACUUGGCUACUGAACCCAUUAUAGGCUGAAAGAAUCAAGACUUUUAACUGGUUGAAAGCAACGAUUAUGGUAAGUUGUCCUUUUAAAGUGGCAUUUCAACUUUUAAGUAAAUACUAACGAACCAGUUAUUUGUCACUGAUGGCUUUUUCCUCUAGUUUGAGACACACUACAUAGCUUUGUAGGACGACAUCUAAGAAACAGACUGAGGAAAAUUACAGCAAACAUGAGAACAAGCAUUGAAGAGAUGACCAUACAGUUCUUCAACCGUCUGUUAGCUUGUGUGGAAGUGAAGCAGUGCGUAAGAGAGGUCUUUUGUGACGGAAAGGUCAGUGACUUACAAAAAGAAAUCCCCCCCCCCCCACAGAUAAAGUGAUCAACAAUUUCGGAGCCCAUGGGUAUGAUGACGAUUUCACCCUCUGGUGGUAUCAGGGAUAUCGGGGCCAAGACUUGCUUGUUUACAGAGCGAUUAACAACUUCAGACGCAAAACUGGAGUUUGAGUUAAAAGACGGCGUCAGCGACAAGAUUGUUUCAUGUUCCAAUGCUACAAACGGAAAGCAGAACGCUUCUGAUCCCAAAAUCUUGUCCCGUUACCUCCAGAUUCUGCAUUCGUAUGCGUGUUUAUAGAGAUUAAGUGAUCCACAACCUUUUCAAAGUAUCAUCAAAGCUUGCCCUGCUCUCCAACCCCUCACAGAUAAACACGGUCUAGUGAACACGUUCAGCCCCUGUUGGACCCGUUCAUAUAGAGUUGAAUUCCUGGUCGUCACGCCGUGUGUUUCACAGCUCAACCAUAAAUUGACAUUGAACCUACAUUGAAAGGUUACAUUAAAGGUUUGGUUGGCCAGUGCAUUUUCCUGUUGCAGACAAAUACCUAAACCCUAGUAUUACUCUGUGUGUACGGCAAAGCUUGAUGUAAACUGUCUCUUGCUGCAGUUCAAAUUACAAAUAGAAAAUUCCUAAAGAAAUUUUGACAUUGUGGCUUCUGCUGCCCGAAGAAAUCGCAAUAUAUACACACGCCAAU